UCUCAUCAAUUGACCCAAAAUCCAGACUAUUCUACAACCUCUACUCUCUCAUUUGAUUCUGUUUUUAUUUUUCCUAAGAGAAAAAUCUGAGACUAAGUGCAUUUAAAUUGAUACUAAGUGCAAGAUAUGGUUCACCUCAGCCCACAGGGCCCAGGACCGAUUUUUUAGGUGCCAAUCUAUCCUUCUCAAUUGAACUAGAUGCUUCCAAAGAGACUCCUCCUCUCUCUACCUUUCUCUCGAUUCUUAACCAGAUUACGCAGGGUUAAAGGAGCCUGCACCAACCCGUGCAGUCACCAGACUUAGAGCCACAGGGGGAGCAGAUGGGAUAAGAAAACCAGAGGAUCUCAUUACCUUGGCUUAAUCUGACAGCCGAGGCACAAACAGAAACAGGUCGACCCGGCCACAAGGCUUCUGUUGUGCACAGACGACUACUGUCAUUUAAACAUGGAGAAUGAAGAAGAGGAAGACGAAAUCUUAACAAUAAGAGAGCCAGGAUAUGAAGGGCAGGAAAAUGUGGAGGAGCUGGAGGAAGAAGAACCAGAGGAAGAGGAGCCAGACACGGAGAGGAAGAACAGUUUGGAUGUUCCGGUUCCGAGCCGCUCCCUGGGUGGCCGUAGAGCUUCGCUUCCAUGCCCGGCGCAGUUGAAUGCGAUGCAUUUGAGUCGUCUGCACGCCAUCGUCAUGACCCCUGACCCAGCGCACCUGUGCCAUCAGCUGGAGAGCAGUGAAGCCCGGCCGUGCUCUCGCUCUCACUCCGAUAAUGAAGAGGGAGCGCAGGUCAAAAGCAGCACGUCUGACAGAAGACCACCAGCCAUUCCCACAAUCCCCAAGGUCCAUGAGCCCAUGGAGAGAAAAGCUCGAUUUAGAAGCCGAAACAUCAUGUCUCUGAGUGAUGCCAAUAGCGUGUGUUUAAUUUGCCAUGACGACCUGCGCAGAGGAGGAGGAGCUAUCAGAGAACUUCACUGCUCCCACAGUUUCCACACUGAGUGCAUAGAGGAGUGGCUGUGGACCAAGCAGACCUGUCCUACAUGCCGAAAGCAUGUUGUCAUGCCAGAGCCCCUCUACUGGACGUCCACCAGAGUCAUAGUGCCCUGAACUCUUCAAACAUCUAUUCAAACUACUAUGGCCAUCAGCUUUUUACAGGAUAAACAACAGAGGCGUUUUACUAACUGGGCAUGAGUCAAACAACAAUAUGGACAUGAAAGGAAAAGCUUUUAUCUAAUAGCUCUUUAUUGUUGAUAUUUGUUUUAAUAUUACACUUUUUUUGAAUUCUUGCAUUAUUCCAUAUACAGACAUGAAACCAAAGUCUAAUUUUUAGAGAAUUACGUUUUAGAUUAAGAGAUUUAAGGAUGUAACUUUAAAUAACUGUGCAGAUAUUGAUGGACCAAACUUCCUUCUGAACUUGAGUUGAAUGCUUUUUAAUGACUGAAGUAAAAAAUCAUGUCUAGUUUUCUACAUGGUAAUCUUUUGCCGAUAACCUGUGUAAAAACAAAAUGUGCUUGUAUACCACCAUUUAACAAAAAAAGUUUUAAAUAAUGUAAAAACUACUUGAAUUUCCUUAAUAAAGGCCAAUAAUUCGA